AUGUCGGAGGUCCCACCAGAAAGGUUUCGUAUCCCAUCCAUCAAGCUCUAUGACAGAAGCACAGAUCCCUAUGAUCACGUAGAACUUUUCUCCUCUCACAUGCUGGUACAAUCGGGAUCUGACGCGAUGUGGUGCCGGGCAUUCUCAGCUACUUUGGGAGGUCAUGCCCGAACUUGGUUCAAUGAAGAGGCGUUGAGCAUUGACGAGUUCGAUCAGCGGAUCGCCAUGGUGGCUCUCCAGAAUGGCCUAAGGGCUGGACCAUUCGCUCAGUCCUUAGCCAAGACUCCACCCCGUACUUUCACAAAAGCCCUUACAAGGGUUAACAAGUACAUCAAUGCUGAAGAGGUGAUGAAGGUGAAGCGGGCUAAACAACCGGACAAGAAAGAAAGAGAAAAGGAGAAGAAAAAGCCGGUGGUGGAACAGAAGACGGACUAUCGCCCCUCCCGAGCUCCUAAUCACCCAAGUUUUGGGGGUGCACGGGGAAGCCCGGUAAGUUACGCUCCCCUCAACGCUAGUCGAACAGAGAUUCUCUUGGCACUGGAGGAUAAGAAUUAUUUGCGACGUCCUCCCCCGCUGAAGUCUCCACUUAACACUAGAAGCAAAAAGAAGUAUUGUCGUUUCCACCGCGACCACGGCCAUGAGACAGAGGACUGCAUCCAAUUGAAAGAAGAGAUACAUGAGCUUAUCAACAGGGGUUACCUCCGGGAUUUCGUUAGUCGAGGAGGUGGGAACUCGGGCAGGGUAGAAUCCCAACCAGAACACAGAAGGAGGUCCCCUACUCGUGAUCGCCUUCGAGAACGAAGUCGAACACCGCCCCGGAGAGAAGGAAAACAGCCCGCCGAUGAGGGAGGACAGAAGUUUAUCUUAUACACAUUGGCGACGGGAACAGUUCCAGGGUCUCACUCAACUGCUCCCAAGAGCGUGGUAAAGGAGAAUGUGGUCAUCACAUUCUCCGAAGAGGAUCUUUCGAGCUACCCCAACUAUUCAGAUCCGUUGGUGAUCACUGCUCAAGUAGGAGAGUGGGAGAUGAGGCGAAUCCUUGUAGACCCGGGUAGUUCUUCGAAGAUUCUUUACAAGAGGGCAUUCCUAGGGAUGGGGUUCACUCUCGAACAGUUGAGGCCAAUUCGUGUCCCCUUGGUUGGUUUUGAUGGAAUAGUGAUUCACUCCGAGGGGUUGAUCCGGCUAUCCCUAACAAUCGGUAGUGGCUCUCAUAAAUCCCAGGUGACGUUGGAUUUUUUGGUCGCUGAUGUGCCCUCGGCAUACAAUAUGAUCCUCGGUAGGUCCAGGCUUAGUGCCCUGAGGGCGGUACCAAGCACAUAUCACAUGGUGUUGAAAUUCCCUACUCCGGGAGGGAUUGGCAAGGUAAGAGGAGACCAACGGCAGGCUAGGGAAUGCUACGUAGCCUCUUUGAGUGCCACUAUAGCCAAGGGGUCAGAGUCAAACUCAAGGCCGAACCAGGAUACUAUCCCUCAAGACGGCCAGGGCCAGAUGGAAACAAAAUAG